UCAGGACUACAACCUGCUACACGUGUUCAAACACCAUUCACGCGACUAACCACGCAGCCAAUUCGAAAGAGUAGCUCCGCCGCGUCGCCAAAGAAGGCCCUGCAAGAGCGGGUGGGGCAGAUCAAAGAUGUCUGCCCAAACCCAUACCCUCGCCUAGCAGUGGACAAACGCACGGUGAGCUGCGCCGAGUUCCGCUCUCGUUACAGCGAGCUCGCCGACAAUGAUUCAGUAGAAGACACAGUCGUCGUCUCUGGAAGGAUUCGUACCUAUAGACUCGCGGGAAACAAAUUGAUCUUCUUCGAUAUUGUGCAAGACGGCCAUAAACUCCAGGUGAUGUGCAACAAGCGUCGUUUGGAAAGUGUCUCCCCCGAGGAGUUCAAGAAAUUCUAUCGUGUUCUGCGUCGCGGCGACGCUUUCUCUGUAACUGGUAGACCGCACCGCACCGGACGAGGCGAGCUCACUAUUGACGUGAGUGAGCUACCACAGCUGCUGUCGCCAUGUCUGCAUGAUGUCCCUAUUCACGACACCACGCACGAGACCUCUCCCUACCCUCGCCAUGUUCAAUUCCUGUCCAACCCUGCCACCGCAGAUAUUAUCCGAGCCCGCUCGGCGCUCACGCAGUAUCUGCGGCAGUUCUUCGUGGAUAGGUCCUUUAUGGAGGUCAGCACGCCCAUCAUUGGGUCUGUGGCAGGCGGUGCAAUCGCUCGUCCGUUCCAUACCACCGCUACUGAGUUCUCGGACCGUCAGUUAUCGCUGAGAAUUGCCCCAGAGCUAUGGCUCAAACGGCUAGUCGUCGGUGGAUUCGACAAGGUCUUUGAGAUUGGACCAUCCUUCCGCAAUGAAGGCCUGGACAAAACCCAUAACCCGGAGUUCACCACGUGUGAAUUUUAUUUAGCAUAUGCCAACCUGGAGGACCUAAUGAGCAUGACCGAAGAUCUCCUCUCCGGCAUGGCAGCCCACAUCCGCGGCUUAAACGCGGGAACCCUCAACCCCACGACCGCAAACUUUGCAGCGCCAUUCCGCCGUAUCGAUUUCAUAACGGGCAUUGAAGAGGGCACAGGUCGCAAAUUGCCAGACCUCGAAUCCCCCGAAGCCCUCGAGCAGGUGCAAUCCAUCUUCACCGACCUCUCCCUCCCUCUCCCCAAGAACCCAACCCUCCCCCGCCUCCUAGACGAGCUGUGCGGCAUCUACGUCGAACCUCAAUGCAUAGACCCGACCUUCAUCAUCAACCCGCCCGAGUGCCUCUCCCCGCUCUCGAAAUCCUUCAUCCACCCCACCACCAAGCAGCGUGUCGCCGCACGCGGCGAGCUCUUCAUAGAAGGCAAGGAAGUGAUAAACACAUACGAAGAGGAGAACUCGCCUUUUGAACAGCGCCGCAAAUUCGAGGACCAGCUGCGCUUUGGCAAGGAUGCCGGUGAGCCUGGUGACAUCGAUGAGAGCUACCUCGAAGCAUUGGAGUGGGGCUUGCCUUCUACUGGUGGAUGGGGCUGUGGUAUUGAUCGUCUCUGUAUGUUGUUCACGGGUGCUAAGCGCAUUGGGGAUGUUUUGCCGUUCGGUAAUCUGAGGGCCGUGACCAGACGGCCUGGUUCUAGCGAGUGA